UUACAUUCUCUUCAACACAAACACACACAUUUCUUUCAUUUAUUCUCCUAAAUUGUAUAGAGUGAUUACAGAAGGAAAUAUCUCACACACAAAAAACACAAUUGAGAAAUGAUAAGAGAGAAGAUUUUCAGGCUUCACAGGCACAAGUCCUCAUCAUCUUACUCAUCAGCCACCACAGAUGCAUCUGCUCAGAAAUUUGAUUUCACUUUCUCCAAAAUUCAAGCAACUCAGGUUCCAAAAGGAUGGGACAAAAUCUACGUCUCUCUCAUCUCUCUAGAAUCAGGAAAGACAGUGCGUAAAUCGGUUAAGGCAAAUGUGAAAAAUGGGAGUUGCCAUUGGACAGAAACCUUUGCAGAAUCAAUAUGGAUUUCAGACAUUGAUUUGGAGGAAUGUCUCUUCAAAUUCCUUGUUGCAACGGGAUCUUCAAAAUCUAGUAUUCUUGGAGAGGUUGAACUGAAUCUUGCAGCUUUCUUGAGCUCGGAAUCUCCGGUGUUAGUUACAUUGCCUCUCAAAAAAUGCAGUUAUGGGACUGCUUUACAAGUUGAAGUGAAAUGCCUCACACCAAAAACCAAUCCAAGGGAAGAGAAAUGGAGAGCCAUGAAUGCAGCAAAAGAUGAGAGUUUAGAUCAUGAAAGCAUAGAGAAUCAAUCUGAAGCAUCAGACUCUUUCAACAAAAACAACUUUAACAACAAAGAGACGCGCUACAGCUUCGACUCCAUGGAUGAUUCUGUGGGGAGGCAGAGCAGCUACUCCUCCCACGGCUUUGGAAGGCAGGACUCAGUUGAUUCGAAUGAGAGCUGGAGCCAUAGCUCGGUGAGGUCAGUUAGAUCUCUUCACCGGAAUCAGAGGGAGGAGUUCAGAAGAUCUUGCCAUGCUGCAGCCACUUUGCUUCAGCCAAAUCUUUCUUUAAAGGAAGGAGUUGCUGUUGAUGGUGAUAACGACGAUGGUAAUGAAUUUGAGGCCGAGGCGAGGAUGUGGGAGCAGAACGCAAGGAAGUUGUCUCUGGAUUUGGAGAGGCUGAGGGAUGAGUUGUCUGAUCAGAGUGUGUGUGUGACAAGGCUGAAUAUGGAGCUUGCCUCGUCGCGUUUGGAGUGCCAAGAGCUCACUCAAGAGAUCGAAAACACGAAGGCCUUGUUUGAGGAGGAGAGGUGUUCAUUUUUAGGCCAGAAGGAGUUGGAGGAGGAGUUGAGGUUUCAGAGGGAGGAGAAUGAGAAUCUGUUCUCUCAGCUCAAUAAAACCCGAGAAUCGAACAUUGAGCUGAUCGCGAUUCUUCAGGAGAUGGAGGAGACUAUAGAGAAGCAGAAGCUUGAGAUAGAGAGCCUUUCUAUCUCUGCUAACAAGUCAUCAAGUGUUGAUUUGAAUGAAUCGAAGAAUGCAAAUGGUAGUGAUUUGGAUGAGGAAAACAGCAGUUUAUGGUGUUUGAUCCUUGAAAAUGCAUUGCAGGAGAGGAAUAUAGAGGCGGAGAUCGAGGAGGGGGUGUGGAGGCGCGUUGUCAAGGAGUUUGUCGUUGAUUGCACGCGCGUAUUAGCUCAGAAGGAAGACAAGAUCAUGAAUUUGGAAGGUAGGAUGAAUGUGUCUAACAUUAGCAAUGAGGAAAGCUGUGGAUUUGAGGAAAAGAGUGAGAUUCUUCAAGAAGAGAUUGCUGAUAUCGAUGAUGGCGUCUUCGUGUCUGAGUCCUUGGAUGAAACGAUGGACGAAAUGGACCAAACCGAGCUGAUGAAGCUCUUGUCUGAUCUGCAAGGAGAGAAUCUCUACUUGCUGCAGCGCGUUGGCGGUUUAGAAGCUCAGCUGAGGUACCUUACUGACAUGAACGAGUCGAGGCGUGUGGAGCUGCAGCAGUCGGAGACACAACGCGUGGAUAUUGAGGAUCAUGUCAAGAGAUUGGGAGAGGAAAUUGAGUCAGAGAAGGCUUUAAUGAGGGAGAAGUUGAGUGAAAUGGAGAGAAAGUGGUUGGAGGCCGAGGAAGGGCGUGUGGCGUUAGUCGAAGUGAAUGUAACGCUUCAAGCCACGGCCGAGAGGCUGAUGGAGGAAUGCAACUGUGUGCACAAGUUCAAUGGGGAGCUGAGGGAGCAGAAACGGGAGCUCCAGAGCCGGUGUUUGGCUUUGGAGACGAAGGCUAGAACGUUACGAGAGUUCAAAGAAGAUGUUGAAGAUCUUGACUAUGAAUCGAAGGUGAAAGCCAUCAUCGAUGAGUUGGACUCGAGGCUGGAGGUGUCUGAGGGCGAGAGGCUUCGUCUGGCUGAGGAGAAUUCUCUGUUGCAUAUGCGGUUGGAGAAGGCGUCUGAUGUGGAGAAGGAGGUUUUAAGGCUGAGAGUGUCGGGGCAAGAGAUGAGGCUUCGGAGCCAGAAGCUUGAGGCCUCGUUGAGGUCUGUCUCGAGGGAUCACCAGGAGAUGGAACGCGCGAAUGCAUCCAUGGCUGAGGAGAUUCGUAGCAUGAAGAGGGCGGUGUGGAAUGAGGAGGACUGCAGGAUAAGGAGGGGCGCGUUGGAGGAGAAGAUUCUCCGGCUCGAGGGGGAUUUGAUAGCAAGAGAUGCAGUGUGUGUGCAGGAUGCAGAGAUGAGGAAUGAGCUGAAUCUGAUCAAGAUUGUCAACAGUCAGCUGCUGAUGAAGGUUAAACAUCUUGAGACUCUAAGACGAGACGAAGAUGGAUGUCGUAAAUCUACUUCAGAAUGUCAUGGACCUCAAGUUCAGACGCGCGAGAAUGGACUUGCGAAGGCCAAUAUGGAGUGUGAAUCACAGCUUGAGAGUUGUGUUGACAGUGCAAAAGGAGGAGAUGAAAGCAAGAUUAAGCGGCUCGAGGCGGAGUUGCAAGAGAUUCGGGAGCGAUACUUUGAUAUGAGCCUAAACUACGCGGAGGUGGAGGAUCAACGCGAGCAGCUUGUGAUGAAACUCAGAGCUCUUGGUGUCUAGAGCUCAACGAUCCUCGGUUCAUGCCGGUUUCUAGGAAGAAACCAGCAUGAAAAGGGCCAUGAUUCUUGAUGCAAGAAACCAUUUUGAGGAAGUUUUGAGAAAGUAGAUAAUCAUUUGAUUUUUGAGGUACCAUCAACAUCUUCUUGUGUUGUUUGUGAAUGAAUAUGUCUGAAGAAGAAUGGGGCUUCAACAUUUUUUUACUUUCACUUUGUUUGUACAGUUUGAAAGAGCAUUCUUUAUGUAAAAGAUUUUUGUUUGUUACA